AUGACUCGGCCGAUGCAUCAAGACGCCGCAGCCGCCGCUGUUUUACGGAGGAUUAUGGUGUUGCUACUUUUGCUGUUGAUGUUCUCCUUGUCGUCGUUUCCAUCGGUCACCGCCGAGUGCCCUUACAAAUGCACAUGCGAUGAAGAGCAUAUUGUGGACUGCAAUAAACAGGAACUGAACCGGAUUCCCGACCGCAUAUCUCCGGCUACCAAAAUUCUGGACUUGAGCCGUAAUAAAAUCAGGGAUAUCGAACCGAAAGCAUUUACUUACCUUACACAGUUAAACAAAUUGGACUUGAGCCGUAAUGAAAUUAGGGAUAUCGAACCGAAUUCAUUUACUCAUCUAACAGAGUUAACGUCCUUACAUUUGGACUACAAUAAAAUAAGUAAUUUGAAAAUUGGUGCAUUUGCCAACCUUUCGAAACUUCAGAUAUUAUAUUUGUUUUCAAAUGAAAUCGAAAACAUCGAGACUGGGGUUUUUAAUAACUUAACGAGUUUGGAAUGUUUAUUAUUGCAUGGCAACAAAAUUCAUAAGCUCGAUUUGGAAAUGUUUAAGGGACUUACAAAACUGGAAAUUCUGUUUUUAAACUACAAUAAGAUAAGAAAUAUUCCACCUGGGAUAUUCGAUUCGUUAACGUCGUUGAGUGGUUUAGAUCUAAACCAUAACCCGUUGACGUGCGAUUGCAAUAUGAAGUUGCUUGCAAACUGGCUGAAGAAAAAUUACCCCGACCGAAUUUUCAUCUCUCUUAAACGCAUGAUGUGUUAUUUUCCCGUAGAAAUGAGAGAAUUAUCGUUGGAGAAAAUAACCGAAAUCGAUAUUCAUUGCACGUCUCCGGAUAUAAUCGUGGUACCAGAGAACAAGACGGUGUCGGUCGGUGAACAGUUACAACUCUCGUGCAAAGCCGUAGGAGACCCGGAACCUUUUAUAACGUGGGCCAAAGACGACAUCGAUCUAGAACUUGGCCAAAGAGUUCAGGUAAGGUUAUUUUAA